GGUAGGGGGGCGGUGUGGUGAUUUAGCUGCCCGGGCUCCGCUCCUCUCCUCCGGCAGGCAUGGCGGGCAGCAGCGCGGUGAGGCUGCGGCUCCGGUUUGACUACCCGCCUCCCUCCGGGCCGCAGUGCCGCAUGAGCUGGAUCCUGCUGGACCUGAACCGCUGCAGGGUGAUCGCGGAUCUGUGCAGUGAGAUCCGGGAGCGGUUCGGCUACAGCCGCAGGGCCGAGCUGGACCUGUUCAUAGAGGAGAGCUACCUCCCGCCCACAGAGAGCAUCUACCUGAUCCGCGACAACGACAGCAUCAGGGUGAAGGUUUCUAGCCUCUCAUAUUCAAGUGCAUCUGAGCCAGUGGAGCAAGUGAUCUCGGGAAAGAAGAGGAGUAGAAAAGAAGAGGAUGAGGAGCAACUAGUGGAGGACUGUGCUGUUGCUGUAUCAAAGAAGAGCAAAAAGGAGGUAACUCCUGUAAAUGGUUUCAGUCAUCAUGAGGAAACUAAAAAGAAGAACAAAAAGAAGAAAAGAAAGAAGAACAAGAGGGUAGAGCCACAGACUGAAGCUGAAGCUGCUUUAAAACCAGUUAAAGAACCUCUGUCCUCCAAGGACCAGUCAGGAGCGAACAGCAGAAAGACUCCAGGUUCCACAGUGACUCCCAGAACAUCAAAAAACAGUAGAAAACAGAAAGACUCCGACUCUUCAGACAGCAGUGUGGAAUCUUCUAAAAAACACACACCUAAAUCUAAACCCCAAACCCUACUCAAGCAGGCUGUCACAGCUAAGGCUAAAGAAACCUCCUCUUCAGAAUGUUCCUCUUCUGAGGAUGAUUCUGCUGCACCUCCCCAGCCAAACAAACCCAACCUUGCUGUCAAACCAUCUCCCAUUCCACUAAAGCCCACCUCUAAUGCCAACUCUAAACCAUCAGUCAAAAAGCCCUCCACACAGUCUUCCUCAGAUUCCUCACCCUCAUCAUCAUCCCCAUCACCCCCAGCGAGGAAGAUACCACCUCCUCCUCCUCCUUCUGCAGUUCAGAACGGACCCCCACCUGCUCUAUCCACUCCAGUGGCCAAAAAGAAUGAAAAGAAGCCAGAAAGUUCAGAUUCUGACAGCAGCAGUGAAACGGAGCUCGUGAUCAAGACCCCCAACCCACAGGUCCUGGGAAUGACCCCUCGAGGGGGUGGUAGGGUCAGAGGUCGUGCAGGGGUCAGGGGUGGCUUUGGUAGGGCCAGAGGAACGCCAUGGAAACAGAACUUUCACUACAACUAUGACAGUGGGGAGCAGCAGACGCAGGAUGAUUCCCAGAGCAACAGGAGCCUGAUUCUGGAGAAUCCUCCGGAGCCGAAGCCCAGUCGGGACUACAGUACCCUGCCCCUCCUUGCGGCUCCUCCUGCAGCGGGGCAGAAGAUUGCUUUUAAGCUUUUAGAGCUAACGGAAAACUACACCCCAGAAGUUUCUGAUUAUAAGGAGGGGAAGAUAGUUGGUUUUAAUCACACUACUGGCAUGAUUGAACUAGAGAUUCUCACUCAGACUCAAGCACGUGCAGAGCCAGGGAAGUUUGAUUUGGUUUAUCAGAAUCCAGACGGUUCAGAGAGCGUGGAAUAUGCCGUCACACUCGGCUCUCAGGUGACGGAGCGGUGGGACUCUUUGCUGGAACCUCGGCUUAUAGUGGAGAGCAUGGGUUGAGAGAAGGUGUCAGUUUGUUUUAAUGGUAAAGUUUUCAUUCCUGAGUGACGUAAAGUUGCUGUUUUUUAAACAUUUACUGUGAAUAAUUGAAUAAAUAUUUUUGAUAUAAACCA